GCCUCACGUAAGUUUCAUUCAGGCAGCAUUUUGAAUAAGGAAGAUGGCGGCUGCAGCAGUGGUUGAAUUUCAGAGAGCCCAGUCUCUCAUUAGCACGGACCGCAACGCCUCUAUCGACAUUCUCCAUUCAAUAGUGAGGAGAGACGUUCAAGAGAAUGAUGAGGAAGCUGUCAGGGUCAAAGAACAGAGCAUCCUGGAGCUGGGGACACUCCUGGCCAAAACCGGACAGGCCGCAGAACUUGGGGGUCUGCUGAAAUUUGUGAGGCCUUUCCUGAUUUCCAUCAGCAAGGCCAAGGCAGCCCGACUGGUUCGCUCUUUACUGGACCUCUUCCUUGACAUGGAAGCAGCAACAGGGCAGGAGGUCGAGCUGUGUCUUGAGUGCAUUGAAUGGGCGAAAGCAGAGAAGAGAACCUUUCUCAGACAGGCUCUGGAGGCUCGACUGAUCUCACUCUAUUUUGACACCAAACGAUACCAGGAGGCCUUGGCGCUCGGCUCCCAGUUGCUCCAGGAGCUAAAAAAGAUGGAUGACAAAGCUCUCUUGGUGGAGGUUCAGCUGCUUGAAAGUAAGACGUACCACGCUCUCAGUAACCUCCCGAAGGCCAGAGCAGCUCUCACCUCAGCCAGGACCACCGCCAAUGCCAUCUACUGUCCUCCAAAGCUCCAGGCAGCUCUGGACAUGCAGUCAGGGAUCAUCCAUGCAGCAGAGGAGAAGGAUUGGAAGACGGCCUACUCUUACUUCUUCGAGGCAUUCGAGGGCUACGACUCCAUCGACAGCCCGAGAGCCAUCACGGCGCUCAAAUACAUGCUUCUGUGCAAAAUCGUUCUUAAUUCACCAGAGGAGGUUCAAGCCCUGAUCAGCGGUAAACUGGCUUUGCGAUACGCUGGCCGACAGACAGAAGCACUGAAAUGUGUCGCACAAGCAAGCAAGAACAGAUCAUUAGCAGACUUUGAAAAGGCCCUCACAGAGUACAGAGCAGAACUGAGGGACGAUCCCAUCAUCAACACUCACCUGGCCAAGCUGUACGACAACCUGCUGGAACAGAACCUCAUCCGAGUUAUUGAACCCUUUUCCAGAGUACAGAUAGAACACAUAUCAGGUCUAAUCAAACUGUCAAAGGGGGAUGUGGAGAGGAAAUUAUCACAGAUGAUUCUGGACAAAAAGUUUCACGGAAUCCUUGACCAAGGGGAAGGCGUGUUGAUCAUAUUUGAAGAACCUCCAGUGGACAAAACAUACGAAGCAGCCUUGGAAACAAUUCAGAACAUGAGCAAAGUCGUGGAUUCACUUUACAACAAAGCCAAGAAGCUGACAUAGAGCAGAUUACCAUGGCAGUACGAUGGAGGAACUGUGUGUGUUUGACCAGCGUGUGUAACAUUUUAAGAAGGGGACAAGGGAGAGCAACAAAGAGUCCCACAAACUGCAACAAACAGGAUUCCCCCAUCAAACCCCCCUCUCCCCCUCUAUGGACAAUGUCAUCACUUCUUGUCUGUUUUUUUUUUUUCUUCUUUAAUUUUGAUAUCUCUUCAGGAUUCUGUGUAACACUCAGCGGCCAAAUCAGGCCAUCAGGGAAUAUUGUACAACCACAAUAAAAGAUUAAAAGGUUUAAGAAUACAUAUAUGUUUAUAUCUGCUAUAAGGUUGGGCUAACCAGGCCUUAAAGCUGACUCCACUGCAACCUCACAGGCUCAACAUAGACCUCUGCGGCCUCAUGCUCUGCUGCCACCUGUGUACGCGGACACGAGGCUUUCCUCUUCUUCAUAACUUUCAGAAGCACACUGUUCAGUUUUUUGGAAGGUUGGGUUACUCCUUAGGAUUCUGAAUUUUUGUCAAAGAGCGCCCUCUAGCUUUUUUAUUUUCCCCUCUCACCAUAUCAAUGCCAACAGUUAAGUACCCGCUGUAUUUCAGAUAUGUAUUAAACACUUUAUUUGUU